AGACGCAAAGACUAACGGACAGGAAGCAGAAGAAGAGAGAUGGCUCACAGCAGAGGAACCAAUGGAAGCAAACUCUUCACGAUAGUGUUGUACAUGGUGGCAGCGUGCAGUGCCAUCCCCAUCAGCGACCUGCUCGACCGAGCCUCUCAGGGCUCCGACAAACUGCACUCCCUCAGCACGACUCUCACCCAGGACCUGGACUCUCAUUUCCCUUCUACGGGCCGGGUGAUCAUGCCCCGCCCCUCAAUGUGCCACACCUCCUCUCUGCAGACACCCAAUGACAAGGAGCAAGCUCUUCAAGUAUCAGAAUCGGACCUGUUGUCACUGGCUCGCUCCUUGCUCCAAGCCUGGGAGGACCCGCUGGUGGUUCUGUCCACCUCUGCCAACACCCUGCCUCACCCGGCCCAAGGCGCCAUAUUCAACAAGAUCCAGGAGCUGCAGGAGCACUCUAAGAGUCUGGGAGACGGCCUGAACGUCCUAUCUGGCAAGAUGGGUCCAGGAGCUCAGACCAUCUCCUCGCUGCCCUACAUGGGAGGCAACGAAAUCGGCCAGGACAGGAUUUCCCAAUUGAUCAACUUCAAUUUCCUGUUGUCCUGCUUCCGCCGCGACUCCCACAAGAUUGACAGCUUCCUGAAAAUAUUGCGCUGCCGGGCAGCAAAAAUGCUACCGGAGAUGUGCUAGAAAGGGAGGCAGCCGGCGUGAUGUCUCUCAAAGCUCGAAUUGCCUACCAACCGUAGCUUAGCGCGUGCUGUGAAUCUGCUAUCUGAGCUAGUAUCCUAAUUAAUAAGUAGUUGUCAUUCUGAGCUUCCAGAAGGUGAAGAUGAGGAGGAGUUACACGGCACACGCAGGAAAUCUUAUUUCAUUUGAACACCUUUAGUCAUCACGAUGCAUCAGUCCAAUUGGAAUGAGUAGAAUGUUGUGAUAUUGUGACGUUUUAGCUCUUGAGAAACUUUUUCCCUUGUAAAUUUGACAAAAAGCUGUUCUCCCGAAACAGCUUCUAGUAUAUUGUUAAAGGUGGUUAAUAACUAGGCAGGGGAGCCGCGCAGUGAACUUAAAGGCUCACACUGUUUUGCUAACGAGGACAAAGCACGGCUCACGAACUUCCCCGGGUGGUUCCAGCUGGUCUGGCAUUAGGAGCUGACCAUAUCGUGCUCCCAUACAGUGGUAAACCGGUGUGCCAUCUCUCCUGUUACUCCUCCAGUCUUGCCUUCCUUCUAAAAGCUUGUUACUUGUAUGUGGUGGCAAGAAGGGUGCGACAUGAGAGAUCCCUCCACCAGCCAACUCUCCAAGUCUUUCUUCACACUGGGAGGCUUCGAUGGAGAAAGGCCUUCUCUCCCUAACUUGCGCCCUACUGCACCAUUUGCACUUUAGAUUUAAUCUUUCUUGAGGGUGAAACCCUUAUCAAUUUCAAUAUUUCUGUUCAUCAAUAAAAAUCAUCUCUUGCACAGUUAAA